AAGAGGAGCAAGCGCCAUGUUGAAACCAUUAUUGCCACCUAGAUCCUUCUUACUGCUUCAGCUGCUCCUGCUAGGGGAAGGGUGGAGCUCCAAGGUUCUCAUGCCCAGUGGAAAUGAAGACACCAAAACUGGUUUCUUCCAUGGACACAUCAGUGUUCCUCCUCGGCCCCUCCCAGAGGUUCAAUGCUUCGUGUUCAAUGUCGAGUAUAUGAAUUGUACUUGGAAUAGCAGUUCUGAGCCCCAGCCAACCAACCUGACUCUGCACUAUAGGUACCAGAGAUUUGAUAAUAAAUUCCGGGAGUGUCGCCACUAUCUGUUCUCAGAAGAGAUUACUUCCGGCUGUCAGAUACAAAAAGAGGAGAUCCAGCUCUACCAGACAUUUGUGGUCCAGCUCCAGGACCCCCGGAGACCCCAGAGGCAGGCUGAACAGAAGCUAAACCUGCAGAAUCUUGUGAUCCCAUGGGCUCCAGAGAAUCUAACACUUUACAACCUGAGUGAAUCCCAGCUAGAGCUGAGCUGGAAAAGCACAUACACGGAACACUGUUUGCAACACUUGGUGCAGUACCGGAGUGACAGAGAUCGAAGCUGGACGGAACAAAUAGUGGAUCAGAACCCUAGAUUCUCCCUGCCUAGUGUGGAUGGGCAGAAACUGUACACAUUCCGGGUUCGGAGCCGCUUUAACCCACUCUGUGGAAGUGCUCAACACUGGAGUAAAUGGAGCCAACCUAUUCACUGGGGAAGCCAAACGGCAAAGGAGAAUCCUUCCGUGUUUGCCCUGGAAGCUGUGCUCAUCUCUGUUGGCUCCAUGGGAUUGAUUAUUACCCUGAUCUUUGUGUAUUGUUGGCUGGAACGGGCAAUGCCUCGAAUUCCCACCAUCAAGAAUCUAGAGGAUCUGGUUACUGAAUACAACGGGAACUUUUCGGCCUGGAGUGGUGUGUCUAAAGGGCUGACUGAGAGUCUGCAGCCAGAUUACAGUGAACGGUUCUGCCUCGUCAGUGAGAUUCCUCCCAAAGGAGGGGCCCUAGGAGAGGGGCCUGGAGGGUCUCCUUGCAGUCUGCAUAGCCCCUACUGGCCUCCUCCAUGUUAUUCUCUGAAGCCUGAAGCCUAA